UGGUGCAGAUGGUCCCAGAUGUCAAAACUGCAGUUGCCAGGGCAGCUCAGCAAGCUCAGCAAAGCACGAGGGAGCUUAUUUCAUGGGACGCAGUCCUGAGCAGAUUGUCUGCGAUGAUCUCCAGCAACUUUGUGCGAGGCGGCCGUUUCUAUGAGAAAGGCUGGAAUGCCUGAGCUGGAAGACGUUGUGCGAAGAGAGCAAGCUUUGCACACUGCAAUCGGUUGACGAAUUGGUUGAACGCAGCGACUGCGAUUGCAUUUUAGUGACUUUGAUUGAGCGGGCCGGAAGUUAAAUGUGACCGUCCAGACAUGAAAUCUCCCUUUUGAACAAGCUCAAAUCGGAAAUCAGCAUGCUUUGUAAUUUACAGCCUCCGGUUAGGGUUUCAUGAUGCACCCCUGCGAUGAAAGCAGGGAGUGCCCCUCAUCUGAACAUUGCACACUUUGGAGCACAAAUGGGCUUCUGAUGGUCUAUGCAAUGGGCGACCUGUCCUCCUGAGAUGAUCAGUAUGAGGUCAACAAGAGUGGCCCGGUGUCCCGUCACCCUUUUUGAGGCGAUCGUCGCAGGUCCCUGGCGACUUUGCCCAGCCAUUGGGGAGCUGCAAAUCCAAGAUGCGGCAGGCGCGCUUCUUGUGUGCCAACUCCAUGACCUCCUGGAUGGCCAGGUCUUGUUCCAGACAACUCGGCCAGCAUCGGCAUAUUUCAAGCUGUCAGAACGCUUCCACGUCAUCAAACAAGAGAAUGGCACCUACCGGGGGCUUGGUUUCAGCGACGCCGUGGCGGCGAGCGAGAUCCUCGACUUUGUAACAUUAGAAGCAGCAAAAAACUUGGAAGACGUUCCUGCUGGAGCGCCAGACUUCCAGAAGUCCUCUCUUCCUUCAUCCCGCACCGCAAGGCCGUUGUUCAUGGCAGGGGAACUAGGCGCGCCCGAAAUGAGCCCCCCGCCGCCGGUGCUCCACAACCGGAGGUGCAAGAGCGGGCCGCUUCGACCUUCGGAGGUGUUGGCGGGUACGAGCCCCACGUUCUCCCACGUGUCCCCCUCGAGCACUCCCUCCCCCGGGACGUCACCGGCGUCUGUUCUGGCAUCGGGCGGCAGCAGGGCCGUGCAGCAGAGAAGCAUCUCGCUUCCAAAGGAAUCCGCGACCAAGAGUGUCCCCAUCCCCGCUACUCCUCGAGCUGCCAAGACUCCAUCAAUGCUCGGAACUCCUGGAAGGAACCAAGGCCUGUCUCCAGGCAGUAACCGAUUCUUGGAGCCGGCGUCGAUCUCGUGCGGCUUCUCGCCUGGAAAGACCGUCAAGGCGAAGCUCCAUAGGAUCCUCUCAGGGGGGAGAGACAAAUUCGACGACAUGGACAUUGGGUACCCGUACAAUGUCCAGCACGAGGGGCACAUUGGAUGGACGCCUCCGCCGUCUACAACGGAGAGCGCCUGGAUGGACAGCCCCACCGGCAGUAGCUUCGUGUCGCCCCCUCUGAGCAGUUUCGGUUCCCCCGGGUCGGACGAACUGGGCGGCAACUGGAUCGCACCCACCCCCCCAGCCGACUUCCCGCCGCCCACCCCGCCCCCCGAGUACCUCGACGAAGCGCCAGCGGAGGAGCCAUCUCCGGUUACGCCGACGAGAACGAAGCGAACGUUCUCUUUCAGCAGAAGGCGGAAUCGAACGCAGCCGCAAACACUUCAAAAGUGCGUUAACGGUUAACGGGCAGGGGAGGCUGGUUCGGGGCUAAAGGAAUGUCAUUCGGAUGUCCGCUUGCGAGAGGAACUGUCCGAGUUCGGAGACCUGCGGGCCUCGGUGUUGUAAACUAGUGUGGCAUGCAAGACGAAUGAAUCUUACGUGCAUCUGAUAAAUCUGGUCCCACCAUAUGAAAUCACUUCUGCAAAGGAUUUUUGGCUUGCAAGGUAACAUUGUACGUUGAUACGGUCGUUGAUAGGAGUGCGCUACGAUAAAACAAGCAAUACAUUUGAGAAAGGAUACGGUUAGUAGAUGUGGGACAUUGGGUACGUUUGUACGAAGAUGCAAAGUUCUUAGAUAUGUACUAUGAUAAAAGGUAGCUGCCGGCCUGACAUCUAGACAUUAGUAGUAAAGCAACCCUCGAUUUGGUGCACCUAGCUAGCUAGCAGCCAGAUUAGGUAUAUGCGAUUGACUCGUACCCAACGUACUAUUCAAAUUUCUGCAAGUGCAAAGGUCACAGAAAUGCACACGGAUUUGUA